AGAAUGCCGUGCUGAACGCGGAGUCAUGAGUACCGUCGGCGCGGAGUCCAGCAAGGCGUCCGUGCCGGAUCGCGCCGGAUCCCAAGCCCCGGAAAUCGACGACAGAGUCGGGGCUUCGACGAGCGAGGAGGGCACGUGCGACGACCGGGAGACCCCGCAGGACGCGUACAACGGCUGCGCGCCCAGCAGGAGCCGGUACGGCAGGACAAUAAAGCCCAGGUUUACCGUGAACAUGGCCGAGGACUCGCCACAGAAUUGGAGGCCAAAGACACAUAGGCAAUUGUUGAAAGAAUUUGACAGCAGUGUGGACGAAAGUAUAGAGGAAAUUAAUGUAGCCAAUAAUAUAGACGAAGUCAGCGAUUCAUCCGCCACAUUGACUAGCACUGAGGAGUUUCCAUCCUCGAGAGCAAUCAGUCCUACUGUCGAAUGUCAAUGGAAGGUGGGACAGUUGGCGUGGGCGAGAGUCGGCAGUUUCCCAUUCUGGCCUUGUAUGGUAACAGUCGAUCCUACUUCGAGGAUAUAUUAUAAAUUGAGAGUUACAAGUAAGUCAAUUGUUAUGAUGAUACAUGUUCAUUACUUCGGGGACAAAGGACGCCGCAGCUGGGUUUCAGGGAACUGUUUGAUGGAAUUCACGGGUCUUGAUGAUUUUCUGAAAUUGUCGGACUCGCUGACAGCAGACGCAAAGAAGAAGGAUCCCAAGUAUGCCGCCGCUUUUAUCGUAAAACCAGGAACAAGAAAAAAGUGGCAAAAUGCCGUUGAUGAAAUUACGGAAGUGCAGUCGCUGACGACGGAUGACAGAGUCGCGAUUUUUGCGCCAAAAGUUAAAACCUCGAAAUCCAGAGACUCCAAGUCACUUACUGCCAAUGAAAAGAAUCAGAACAAGAGGAAACGUUCGAGGCUGAGCGUGGAAGUUGAGCAAGAUGAGCCUGACUCCAAACAUGCUAAACAGGAUGAUGUACAUAAUACAGAAAAACCGGAAAUAACAACAAAGCCACGUAAAUCGGAAUUAACAAAGAAAAAUUCGCGGGUUGCGAACGGUAAAAUUUAUUCGAAACCGAAUUCAGAUUCUUCACCUUCAUCUCCUUCAAGUCACAAAAGUUCACCCGAAAGCACAAACGCAAGAAACCUAAAAAAUGAGGAAGAUGAAGAAGAAAAUUUUAAUCUUUAUUACGACGAAAAUAAAAAAUUGUUGGAGAUUGAGUAUCCAAAUUAUUCAAAAGAUGACAUUAAGAUAUUUUUGCGAAAAAGUUGGGACACAAUGGAUGCGGACUACCGAGAGAAGUACGCAUUGUACAUGAACAAAAAUUCGCACAAUAACUCGCGAAAAUCGGACAGUUCAAAGGAUAACUCUCGAAAACUCGAAAGUUCGAAGGAUAACUCUCGGAAAUUUGACAGCUCUCGGAAGUUCGAAAAUUCGAAAGACAAUUCCCGGAAGUUUGAAAAUUCGAAAGAUAACUCUCGAAAAUUGGAAAAUUCGAAAGAUAACUCUCUGGAUGAAGACGAGAUGUCAAUGGAGAUUGACACGUCUUUGAAGGAAAAAGACGAAAAGGAGGAAAGUAAAAAGACGAAAAGUAAAACUGACAGGGAAGAAAACUCUGUCUCGGAAACGAAACGAAGUAGGCUGCACAAUCUCUUCAAAGGUAUGAAGCAAGAAAAAGUUUGUCAGAUUUGCGAAAAGACAGGCAAGCUAACAAGAUGUAAAGGGCCUUGUUAUUCUUACUUUCAUUUAUCAUGCGUGAAACCUGGCGAAUCUAGUCCAGAAUAUUCCGUUGACGAGAACACAUUGGAUGACAGAUUACUCAAUGAAGAUGUAAACAUAAUUAAAAGAAGUUUCAAGUGUGACAGUGAGAAUAAUGCUAAAUCCGAUGAGCAAGAGGACGAGACAUUCAAGUGUAUCGAUUGCUUAUCUGGAGUAGCACCCGCUUGUUUCCUAUGCAACGAGAGGGAAGGGGAUAGAAUAAGAUGUAUCGUCCCGGCUUGUGGGAAACAUUAUCAUUCCGACUGUUUGAUUUCGUGGCCGCAGUCGCAUUGGCAAGGUGGACGUUUGACAUGUCCGUACCACGUAUGCCAUACCUGCAGCUCCGACAAUCCUCAAGACAAGCGUUCGCGCGCCCCGAACGAGAAAAUGGCAAGGUGCGUCCGUUGCCCCUCUUCUUAUCACGCGUCAACAUUGUGUCUGCCCGCUGGUUCGGUAAUUUUAACGGCCAGUCAAAUUAUAUGCCCAAAGCAUUACAAAGCACCGCACCCUCCAUUAAAUGCGGCGUGGUGUUUCCUAUGUACACGUGGCGGAAGUCUCAUUUGUUGUGACACGUGCCCAACUUCCUUUCACCUGGAGUGUCUAGGUAUAAAUGCGCCCGAUGGUGGAUUUAUAUGCGAAGAUUGCGAAACGGGAAGAUUACCAUUGUACGGGGAAGUUGUAUGGGUGAAACUCGGCCAUUAUCGAUGGUGGCCAUCUCGUAUAUGUUAUCCACAUGAAAUUCCCGAAAAUGUAGAGGCUCUACCUCACAGUCCUGGUAAAUUUUGCGUGAUGUUUCUGGGGUCUAAUGAUUAUUAUUGGGUACAUAGAGGUCGAGCCUUUUUGUAUCAAGAUGGUGAUGCAAAUAUAAAACCACCUGUAGGUAAAAAGACUCUGAUGGACGAUACAUAUCGAAUAGCUCUUCAGGAAGCCAAUAAAAUACAUCAGCAAUUAAAAGCGAGGCGUUCCAUGACUAAAGAACCGAAAGGACUGAAACCACCGCCAUAUGUCAAAUUAAAAGUCAAUAAACCGGUGGGUAACGUCAGGCCAGCCGAAGUCGAGAGCAUCGUGGCAUGCGAAUGCGAUCCCGAGUGGGAUAAUCCCUGCGCACCCGGCACGGAUUGUCUGAAUCGUAUACUAAUGGUCGAAUGCAGUCCCGGGAUCUGUCCAGCUGGGGACAAGUGCAUGAAUCAGUCGUUCGUGCUGCGACAGUACCCGGCAAUGGAGCCGUUUCACACCGUGGGCCGCGGAUGGGGCCUGAGGGCCUUGGAGGACAUUCAAGCGGGACUGUUUGUCAUCGAGUAUGUGGGGGAGAUUAUAGACGAUGCCGAAUACAAGCGUAGAUUACAUCGGAAGAAGGAAUUGAAAAAUGAGAAUUUCUACUUCCUAACGAUAGACAACAACAGAACGAUUGACGCGGAGCCGAAGGGAAAUCUGAGUCGGUUUAUGAAUCAUUCUUGCGCGCCAAACUGCGAAACGCAAAAGUGGACGGUAAACGGUGACACGCGCAUCGGUCUGUUCGCCUUGCGUGACAUAGAAUCCGGGGAAGAGCUGACAUUUAAUUACAAUUUGGCAUCCGAUGGAGAAACGCGGAAAGCAUGUCUGUGCGGUGCGUCGAAUUGUAGUGGUUUUAUCGGACUUAAAGCGCAGAAGCAACCGGUGUCAGCGCAGCUGAUACCGGUGGUACAACCGAUUGUACAAUUAAAGAAAAUAGAGCCGAAGCCGAAACGGAUCGUCAGACGAUGGAGGAAGUACAUGUGUUGGCGAUGCGGCCAAGAGAUACCGGAUCUCGACAAAUUUGUAGUUUGUUCACAAAGGACAUGUAACAAAAAGUAUCACAAAACGUGCGUGGUAAUCGACGAACUAACGGAAUCGAAAUUCUGUUGUCCGUGGCAUUUUUGCUCGGAAUGCGGACGUCGGACAUCAGCACACUGUUCAUUUUGUAGCACUGCCUUUUGCCAAGUUCAUCUCGAUGGUAACUUAUUCGAUCGGGAGAGCGAUAAGGGUGGCUUCGUGUGCAAGUUGCACGAAAACGCUGACGCACAGAAGCCUGUUGAAGACGAGAAGGAAUAUUCGGAUAAUGAUAACGAGACAGAUAAAGAAUAUUCUUCGACAAGCUCCACUAGUCCGGUUGUAAUGGAAAAAGUUGCGACGCGAGAACCAUCACCAAGGGUUUCUAUCGUAGAGGUUCAGCUAAGCAGUGAAGAGAGUGAAGAAUCUCAGAAGGAAGAGGAAGAGAACAAUCUUGAGACUAAUUUUACGUCGUGUGAUAAAAGUUCAAGGACAAUGACAAAAAAGACACUUCAUAAAUCACAGAAGAAAGAAAAUCAAGCGAAGGAGUUAAGUAAUCUUACAUCUAGUCAACUGGAAGCCAUAAUUGGCGUUAGCCUCUGUGAAUGAAUUUCUGUCAUUCAGUGAGAAAUUUCCAGUUAUAUACAUAGUAAAGCAUAUUAAUAUUCCUUUGCAUCUUAUUUAAUUGUACAUCAUUCAAUACAUUUAUAUAAUAUAUAGGAAAUUAAAAUUUUUAAUUUAUAUAAAUAUACUUGAUUUUUUUUAAAUAUAUUAUACUUACAUAUACUCUCGAAAACAAUUUAAAAAAAAAUGGAUAUUAGUCUACGUAAUUAUGUUGCCAAUAUUCGUCAUCGUAAAAUUAUACGUGAUAAUUAGUGCCUUGACAAAAAACAAAUUCUUAGUUUGAUCAUGGUUAUCAUAAGGCUCUCAUAGAAUUGAUAAUUUAACUUCAUGACAAAAUGGAAUUUAGGUAUAGUUAAUAGUUCACUAAAAUAUCUUGUAAAUUAAGUUGUGUAUUUUAAUUUAUUCAGUGUGCAGAAACGCAAGUAGAUAAUAAUAAUCAUAUCACAAUCAUGAAGAUUCAUAAUCGUUUAAGAAAUUGUACGCAUAUAAUAUGUCUUCAACUACUUAUCUUGAAAAACCCCGAAAUAACUUCAAAAAGAUAAAAAGUGCACAUUGACUGCCAAGUUUAGUUGGUGUUGCAUAUGAAUUCCUAAUAUUAUACUACAUCACUUCCCCAUAUAUUAAACAGAAUAAAAUGUACAUAAAAUAUUAUAUGGUGCAUUGUCUAACGUAAUUCUCAGAAUAAAAAUAAAUUAUCCUGCCUAACUAUAUUUUCUGUGUCGUAUAAUCAUUGCAUUACUAUUAAAAAUAGUCGAUCUACCAAAUCAUUAAAAACUGUAUAAUUAUUGUUAUUAAUUUAAUGAUAAAUAUAAGGUCCAUAUGUACAUAUAAAGAUUAUUCUAGACUUCCAUAUAAGAAUAAUCACAUUAUUUAUUUGUAAUAAGGAAAUCAAAAAAAUUGUUGCACUUUUAUUAAUUAAAAAAUAACAACCUAUUUCUAUGUAAAAUGUGUAUAGUUAUAAGCUUACUUUUUUUUAAAGUUACUACAUACUAUUAACGCAUUAAUAUACAGUUAUAAUAUUAAAAUAUGUUAAGUGUAUAUAUACUUAAUAAACAUUUCGUGUUUUUGUACUGCCA